AUGAGGUGGCGAUUGGCUUAUGCAGUGCAUUGGUGCUACGCUCUCGUUUCCGUUGGUGCAAUGUUUAUAGCUGCUGGAGCGGUAUCGCGUGAAAACUACGAGAAAAUCCCAAUGGUAGAGGAGCCCCUUUCAAUCUUUAGUGCUAUCGGUUCCGUCGGCUACGACUCCACCGACGAUCAGUGGAGAAAUUUCAGCAAUAUUGCGGUGCCCUUUGUACCCGUAUUGUUGUUGUUUGCACUCGUCUCGCGUUUGUUCCGAAAGUGUGGAGGCCUUGCCCUUAUGAAAUUCUACGUUGUUGUUGGGUUGGGCUUUGUCGCAUUCCUCCACGGUCCGUCGUUCUUCGUGCCGCUUCUCUUCGCACUGGCCAAUUACGUUUUUGUUGUGUAUGCCGUGCGCUGCCGGAUGCCGUACCGAUUGUUCAUGACGGUGAUGUGGGUCUCGCAGAUUGCAAUGCUCUUCGUCAAUAGUUGGUACGGUGAUCACAUCGCGUCGCAAUACGUUCUGACGUCUGCACCCUGGUGGCAGCGAAGGUUGCGUUGGGUGGUUGUCUUCAACAUGUACACCCUCCGCAUGAUUGCGUUCAACAUGGACCUCUACGAGGCGAUCAACGACGGCGCGGCGCAGCAGGAGCGGGCUGUGCGGAAGCACGACACGACGUGCGUGGAGUGUGCGCAGAUGCGGGAGGCGGGAGGCGGUGGGCGGUCGCACUCCACGCGCUGCUACAAGUUCCGCACGGAGCACCCACGCCGCCCCUGUGAGUACAACCUGCUGAGCUACUUGGCGUACAUGCUGUACGUGCCCCUGUACAUCGCGGGGCCCAUGUCCUCCUUCAACGCAUUUGUCUCACACUGCCACCAUCCCACCGUUUCCAUGUCGCUGCGACAGAAGGUUCUUUAUGCACUGCGUGUGCUCAUGAUAUACACAGUUCUGGUGUUCAUGCUACAUUUCUUGUUCGUCAAUGGCUUCCGUCAGCACCCGAAGUACUUUUUGGAGUUGAGUGUUCCUCAAAAAGGGUAUCUGCUGUACUUUUCGCUUGGAUUUCUGUGGCUGAAGUUCAGUCUGGUGUGGAAGCUGAGCCGGCUUGCGGCGUGCGUGGACGGCAUUGACGUGCCGGAAGACAUGCGUCGCUGCUUCACUAAUACUGUGAGCGUUCGCGACUUCUGGCGGGACUGGCAUGCCUCCUUCAAUCUAUGGAUCGUACGCUACAUGUACAUUCCGAUGGGUGGAAGUAGGAAAAAGCAGUUCAGCAUAUUUCCCAUUUUCUUCUUUAUUGCGAUAUGGCACGAUGUUGCAUUUUACCUGUUGAAAUGGGCAAUGUGCGUCGUCACAAUAUUUGUCUUGGAACUGAUUGUGAGUGCAGCAUGGAACUCUCCACGAUUUUCUCAUCUGCGCCGCUCCCGUUUUGAGCGCCAUCUGCGCUCUAUUGGCGGUGUUUUUACCGUUUUCGGUCUUAUUGUUGCCAAUGUGAUUGGCUUUUCUUCUCGGAAUGAAUCAAACCAGGGGCGCAGCACGGAGCACGAAACUGUCGAUGAUUCGCACUCCGAUUUUCUGAGUUUUUGCGUUCUUGUAGGAGUGGGAUUGUACUGUGUGGCGGUGACCGGUGUGAUCAACCGUGAUGUUGAGGCGGUAAAUGUAAAGCGGCUUAAAAAGCGGUACGGCCUCGUCGAAUGA